AUGUUCGGUGCAUUUCGCUGCAACAACAGUACAUCUAAGAAUCUGGAAUUCAUUGAUUUAUCGAGAAAGGUCGGUAUGGAUUCUCGGAAUUCUGCUGUACUGGCAUGUGAACCCUGCCGAGCUCAAAAGCUCAAAUGCAAUGGUGAUCUGUAUGGAUGCGAAAGAUGCCAAGAGUCAUCUACCGAUUGCACGUAUCGCACCCCUACGCCCACAUCCUCCACGCCUUUGAGCUUGAAACAUCCCGCAUCAGAUCUUCCGGCACCUCCCAUAAAGCGGCGGAGGACAAAUGGCGUUGGAGCUCUGCGUAUACAUUGUCCGUCGCCAGUUGGACCCAGCCCCAGAAUACAGUCACCAGUCGUGGCGCCCGAGCCAGUCUUCAUCAAUUCAUACCAAGACUGGGGACAAUUCUGCAACAUGAACACAACGGAACACCCAGGGUUGAACUUAACUCUAGACGAUAAUAUGCCCUGUUACCCAACGGCGCCUUUGAUCUCAGAGGCACAUCUGAGGCCCUCCCAUUUGGUGUCGCCAGCUGCAUCACAUUCGAGUGAAAGCGGUCUUAGUGUCUUUGUUCGGAACCCUCAUACGCCUGUCACUUCGCAAGGCCCAUUUGAGCAUCAGGGCCAACCUUGCAAGUGCAUUCAGUCCCUUGCCGACACGCUGGAGAAGGUUGGAGGUGACAACGACCAAAGGAGUACUAUCGACCACAGUGAACGUCUUGAUUACCUGCUCAUGUCUUUGCACACCGGUGUUGAUACAUGUACUCGCGUACUUGACUGCGCCAACUGCGACAUCUGUGCCACAAACUCAAUGAUCCUAAUGGCUUUGAUUCAACAGCUUGCCAUAAGGUCGAGUGACCUUUGCGACCUACUUCUCUCGCUCCAGGAUAAGCCUCAGAGGACCUUGCCAGACGACCCAGCAGAUCUCGAGCAGGAAGCUAGCGUCUUUAUAGGAAGGUACCAAAUACAAAUCGAGGCUGUGUGUAGGGAGCUUGUCCACACUUUAGCCAACAUCCACUUCAGAGACCUUCGUCGGCUGCUAGCCCGUCUUGCUGAUUUGAUUGGGAAGAAGCCAAGAGCAAAUAAGAUGCUUACGGAAGCCACUGAGACUUCGGAGAAGGCGUCUCACAUACUUGAAGGGAUUUUGGUCAAGCGUGCGGCUGACAAGGCAAAGAACCACGAGCUGUACGGCUUGAUUACGCAGAGGGGUCCUUAA